AUGAAAACACUCAUUAAACACGAGGCUGAUGUGGCGGCAGAGGACCAUGGUGACCACACAGCGUUACAUGAUGCGGCUGCGAAUGGGAAUCGUGCAGCGGUAAUAUUUCUGCUGCGGAACGAUGAAUCCCCUGACGAUGUAACAACACUUCUGGAUGAAAACGUCUCCGACAAUGAUGCCGACGACGACGACGACGCCGGCGACAGAGUAGGCGUAGGCAUGUCCUAUGAACAGAAUGACGAAAGCCAAAAGAGGAAAGAAGAGGACGAAGAGGACGAAGUCAAUGAAGAGGAUAAAGAAGCCAAGAAGGCUGGGCGCCAACGAUGGGCGCAACGAUAG